CCAUGGAUUUGGAGCAGGGUGGAGAAACGGCAAUAGAUGAGAUUCUUGAAGCUCAAUCUCACAUAUGCAGCCACAUCUUCAGCUUCAUCAACCCCAUGGCUCUCAAAUGUGCAGUCCAAUUAGGAAUCCCAGACGCCAUCCACCGCCAUGGCCCCAACCCCAUGCCCCUCUCUCAGCUCGUUUCAGCCCUCCAACUCAGCCCUCAAAAGACCCCUCACGUAUACCGCUUGAUGCGUCUUUUGGUUCACUUGGGUUUCUUUGUAAUGCAAAAACUGAGCCAAAACGGCGAACAAGAGAAGGAAGAGGAGGGAUAUGUUCUGACCAAUUCGUCUCGCUUUCUUCUCAAAGACAACCCUUUGACUCUGACUCCUUUCGUGCUCUCCAUGCUCGACCCGGGCCUCGUCGAGCCAUGGCGCUUCCUCUCGGCCUCGUUCCAAAGUAGUGAUGAUCAUAGAACGGCAUUUGAUAUGGCUCAUGGAACACCCUUUUGGGAGUUCAUGGCCAGUAGGCAAAAAGAUAGUGAUGUUUUUAAUGCAGGCAUGGCGAGUGAUGCAAAGUUGGUGAUUGGUGUUUUGUUGGAGAAAUAUAAAGGUGUUUUUGAAGGGCUUGGCUCGGUUGUUGAUGUCGGAGGUGGCACUGGAGCUUUGGCCAAAGCCAUUGCUGAGGCUUUUCCACAAAUAGAAUGCACUGUGUUGGAUCUUCCCCAAGUUGUGGCUGACUUCAAAGGAAAUGGGAAGAACAACUUGAAUUAUGUUGGAGGGGACAUGUUUGAAGCCAUUCCUCCUGCCAAUGCACUUCUUUUGAAGUGGGUAUUACAUGAUUGGAGCGAUGAAGGAUGCAUAAAGAUAUUGAAGAAAUGCAAAGAGGCAAUCACAGAACAUGGAAAGAAAGGGAAAGUGAUGGUGAUUGAAAUGGUGGUAGGCAAUAAGAAAAUGGAUGACAAGGUUGUUCAAACUCAACUAUUCUUCGAUAUCUUGUUGAUGACUAUGUUGGUGGGUGGAAGAGAGCGAAGCGAGGAAGAGUGGGCUCAAAUAUUCUAUGCCUCUGGAUUUAGUGACUACAAAAUAUUUCCAAUUCUGGGUUUAAGGUCUCUCAUGGAGAUUUACCCAUAAUUCCAUAAUGAUGAUGGAUCAAGUUUCUAAAUUUUAGUUUAUGCAUACGGUGUUUGUGAUAAGUCUGUAAAUUGAAUAGUUAAAUAUUAAAUUUUGUUCUGAAUGUGUAUUUGUUUUAAACGGUGAUUUAUUACUCAUUGUUAGGG